AUGAAGUUGGAGGUUCAGUUCUUCACGGACAACUCCGCCAACUUUUUCCGACUCCGUAAAGCCCAACAAUAUGUUCGUGAUGAGAACGAUGACUCCAAGGAUAUCAUAUGGCCAUCAAAAUCACUUGAUAUACCACAGUGGGAGUCGAAGGUUCUCCUUGGUAUUGCUAAGAAAUUGGCUUUGUUAAAUGGUACUAUAUACCAUUUGAGUGGACGUCAUAAUCCAGCCGACGCCUUCUCUCGUGGUACACCUUUGACUACCCUCCCUCACGAAGAUGCUGGCCUGAAACUUGCGGUAGAAGUUUUUCGCCGCCGGGAAGGCUUACCGUAUGACGUGGACACAGAGCAUGUGGACACUAUUGGAAGUGAUCAA